AUGUCGCUCAAGGCAAUCUCCUCCAAAGAUGCCGCCGCCUUAGACAAGGAUCUAAUGGACGUGGGGGGUUUCUCACUAGACCAAUUGAUGGAACUGGCUGGUGUCUCUGUGUCGCAGGCUGUAUAUCGCUUCCACCCUAUAAGUAAAGGCAAGAACGUUCUCGUCGUAUGCGGUCCUGGGAAUAAUGGAGGGGAUGGACUCGUCGCUGCACGCCAUCUAGUACAUUAUGGCUACCAGCCAUCCAUUUACUACCCCAAGGAAGGCAAGAACGAACUUUACCAGCGCCUCAAAACCCAACUCCAAAACCUCAAUGUCCCCUUUGUCCCCGACUUCACAGACGCUUUGAGAUCCGCUGACCUGGUAGUCGACGGCAUCUUCGGCUUCUCAUUCCAAAAGCCUCUCAGAGAGCCUUUCCCAUCCAUCAUAAGUCAAAUGGAAGACACAAAAGUACCUGUCCUCAGCAUCGAUGCCCCCAGCUCAUGGGACAUUCAAGAAGGUCCGCCAAAGGAAGGGCCCGGCGCGAAGUUUAUGCCGGGUGCGUUGAUUAGUCUUACUGCGCCCAAACCAUGCGUCAAAUGGUAUCAGGGUAGGCAUUUUGUUGGAGGCAGGUUCUUGACCAAGGCGAUUGCUGAGAAAUAUGAUAUUGAUAUUCCGGAUUAUCCGGGGGUGGAUCAAAUUAUUGAGGUUGGCGUUAAUGCCGAUGAGAAGCUCUAG